CCGUCUUCUUCAGUUUUAAGGGUUUCUGUCUAACAAAGUUUCGAUUUUUUCCUUUUUACAGUGAGUAAAUCAAUCAUGGAGAAACAGUUUCCGAGUGAAAAGCUAUCACUGAUAGAAGGUUGUGAAGUCGAAAUCUCUUACAAAAACAAUGGCACUGAAAGCGUUUGGUACAAAGCCAUUAUCGAAGCAAAACCGCUCAGAGAACUCUGUGUUCUGUUCCUUAAGGAUGACUUCUCCACUCCUCUUAACGAACUCAGAGACAAAGUCUUGAUUCGACCCAUCCCGCCAAAAAAUGUGCAAGCUUGCAUCGAUAUCGAGAUAGGCACCAUCGUCGACGCUGAUUACAAAGAUGCGUGGUGGACUGGUUUUGUAGUCAAAGAGGUUGGUCAUGACAAGUGUUUGGUGUUCUUUGAUUCAAUAUCUGAGAUCAUUCAGUUUGAUAGAAAGCAUUUGAGGCCUCAUCUUAAGUGGGUCGAUGAGAAGAUAUACUCAUGGUGGAUCAUUCAAUCAACACAUGAUUCAGAGUUCUUGAGGCGGUUAGCUGAGGAGCCUAUGUUUAGUCCUGGAACAAUGGUGGAACUAAGGUCUAAGAUAAAUGAAGCUGAUGAGGUCGUAUGGGUACCUGCAAUGGUUAUUAAAGAGUUUAAAGAGGAUGAUGCUGGUGUGUAUAAGUAUAUUGUCAAGGAUAUGCCUUUGAUCCGCAAGAGUUAUGAGGGAAGACCAAACAAAACGGUCGAUUUGCGUAGUCUUAGGCCUAUACCACCUUUUGUUCGGGUUGAAGAGUAUCAAGUGGAUGAUCUCAUAGAGGUGUAUCAUGAUGGUUAUGGAUGGCGUCAAGGACGGGUUACGAAAAGUCAAAUACCAAUGGUGGGAAGGCUCUGGUGUGGAUUGCAUAUGGAGGCUACAAAGAAGAAAGCGCUGUUCAAAAAAUCGGAUCUUAGGUCUUUGAAGGCGUGGGAAGAUGGUGUUUGGAAGACUAGGGAAUUGUCUUUAACUCAGGGAUCAGGAGAUAAGAGGGGUGAUUCUGUGAUGAAUGCAAAUGAAUCUGAUCAUGUAACUCCACCUCCAGGCAUGACCAUAACACCGUUGAAACAAGUAAAGGCUGAAAACGAUUCAGCACGAGAGAAUGGAAAUAACGAAGAUAUUAAUCGAAAGAGGAAAAGAGAAGAUAACCUUUGUUCUGUAGCAAAGGAUACAACAAUGGUUUUGCCCUUUGAGAAGAAGUCACCAUUUUGGAAGAUACUUGAAUCAAUGGAGGUGUUUAAAACAGUCCCACAAAGUCCUCAUUUCAACCCAUUGGUGGAGACUAGAGAAGAAUCCCGAGAAAUGUUAGCGGUUGGUAUGAUGUUUACCUUUUCUGGUUUACUUGAUGAAGUCAAACAUCUGCCACACAAGGAGACCAUAAGCUCAUUCAUAAGGAUCAGUAAUUCCUUGGCCGAGUUAGAGAAACACGGGUUCAACGUAAAAGUAGCUCAGUCGAGAAUCUAUAAGUUGUUGACUCUUAAAGGUAUGCAAUCAAAGAAAGAGGACGAGCUCAAAGGUGCCAAGAAAGUGACUGCAGAGAAAGAGAGUGCAAAGGUUGAGAACAAGCGCAAGAUUCUUGAGCUGCAAAGGCUGAAUGAGGAGAUGGACAAAGAUAUAGCUGAGAGUAUGUCAUAUGAAGCAAAGAUUGUCCAAGAGCUUGAUGAUGUGAAGCUUGAGUUUCAGGCAACUGCAUCGGCUCCGUGGUGAUAUGAUAAAAAAUUAUAUGAGCUUUUUAAGCUAAUCUCUCCAUUCUGCACUUAGACUAUAUGUAAUUGAAAAGACUACGUUGGCCCUUUUUGGAUGAUUAAUG